AAUACAGAAGAAACUGUCUAGUGGUGCUCUUGUCGCAAAUCAGUCUUUACUGGUUCUACCCAGCCGUGUACCAUGUGAGAAUCCAAUGGAGAUUUUCAUUCUUCUGCAGGAGGCCAUAGCCAGCAAAGAUGCAGAGGUGGAGUUCAGUGGGAAUAAGCAGCGAGUGAGAGUGAAGCCUGUGAAUUGGAAUGAGAGCACACUGAAAGUGACUGCACCUGAUUUUACUGCUGGACAUGUGAUUGUAACACUUUACAGUAAAGGCCUUGUGAAAGGCAAUGCCUGCUUACAAUACUACACCAUCAUGGAAGAUAUUGCCCACUUCCUUCAGCAGGCUGCAGAUCCUGUGAAGUUUAUGUGCCAGGUAAGCACGUCUGUUUAAGUUUUAACCCACAUGCUCAAACAAAUUGUCUUCAAAUAAAAUGGUUAGCUU